AUGAUUGAACAACAGAAGCGCAAGGGUCCAGAGUUGCCGCUGGUUCCAGUCAAGAGACCGCGGCAUGAGUUGCUGUUGGGAGCGGCGGGGUCGGGCCCCGGAGCGGGACAGCAGCAGGCGGCGCCGGGGGCCUUGCUGCAAGCGGGGCCUCCAAGGUGUUCCUCCCUUCAAGCCCCAAUCAUGCUUCUCUCAGGACAUGAAGGCGAAGUGUACUGCUGCAAGUUUCACCCCAAUGGAUCCACCUUGGCAUCUGCAGGAUUCGACCGGCUGAUAUUGUUGUGGAAUGUCUAUGGUGACUGUGAUAACUAUGCAACAUUGAAGGGACACAGUGGAGCAGUGAUGGAACUGCAUUAUAACACAGAUGGCAGUAUGCUCUUCUCAGCAUCCACAGAUAAAACUGUGGCAGUGUGGGAUAGUGAAACAGGUGAGAGAGUUAAAAGGCUGAAGGGACAUACUUCCUUUGUGAAUUCCUGUUAUCCGGCCAGGAGGGGCCCCCAGCUUGUCUGCACUGGCAGUGAUGACGGUACAGUUAAGCUUUGGGAUAUCCGGAAGAAAGCAGCCAUCCAGACAUUUCAGAAUACCUACCAGGUGUUGGCUGUGACCUUCAAUGACACAAGCGAUCAGAUUAUUUCUGGUGGGAUAGACAAUGAUAUCAAGGUCUGGGACCUGCGUCAAAACAAGUUGACCUACACCAUGAGAGGCCAUGCAGAUUCAGUGACUGGCCUGAGUUUAAGUUCUGAAGGCUCUUACCUUCUGUCCAAUGCAAUGGACAAUACAGUGCGGGUCUGGGAUGUCCGGCCAUUUGCUCCCAAAGAGAGAUGUGUAAAGAUAUUUCAAGGAAAUGUCCACAACUUCGAAAAGAAUCUUCUGAGAUGUUCUUGGUCACCUGAUGGAAGCAAGAUAGCAGCUGGCUCAGCCGACAGGUUUGUGUAUGUGUGGGAUACCACAAGCAGGAGGAUUUUGUAUAAGCUGCCGGGCCAUGCUGGCUCCAUCAAUGAAGUGGCUUUCCACCCCGACGAGCCCAUCAUUCUCUCAGCAUCCAGUGACAAGAGACUGUAUAUGGGGGAGAUCCAGUGA